AAGGAGGAGUCGCUGCUGCGGUACAACUUUUAGUUUCCCCGUUCCAUUUCCUUGUCUUCCCCCACACUGUCCUGCUAAAGCCCGACUCACACGUCUCCCUGGGACGGUAAACUUACAUUAAACCCAAAAUGUACCGGUAUUUUGGAGAGCUACUCACCCGGGGAGCGGGCAGUGUCCUGGCCUCAGGCUGCACCGCUGCUGCUGCCGCUGACUCGGCUCUACCGGCGUCCGCGUCUCUGCUGCGGUACCGCGGCUACAGCCAGGCCGUGGACCGGGACGACGACCCAAACUUCUUCACCAUGGUGGAGGGCUUCUUCGACCGUGGAGCCGCAAUCGUGGAGGACAAGCUGGUGGAGGACUUGAGGACGCGAGAGACCCCUGAGCAGAAGAGGAAGAGGGUCCGCGGGAUCCUGCGGAUCAUCAAGCCGUGUAACCACGUUCUGAGCGUCAGCUUCCCCAUCAAGAGAGACAACGGAGAGUGGGAGGUGAUAGAGGGCUACCGGGCUCAGCACAGCCAGCACAGGACGCCCUGCAAGGGAGGUAUCCGUUACAGUACAGAUGUGUCUGUAGACGAGGUAAAGGCUCUGGCCUCGCUGAUGACAUACAAAUGUGCCGUCGUUGAUGUGCCAUUUGGUGGAGCCAAAGCCGGAGUGAAGAUCAACCCAAGGAACUACUCUGACACUGAGCUGGAGAAAAUCACCAGGAGGUUUACUAUCGAGCUUGCCAAGAAAGGCUUCAUCGGGCCUGGUAUUGAUGUUCCUGCUCCAGACAUGAGCACUGGAGAGAGGGAGAUGUCCUGGAUCGCAGACACUUUUGCCACCACCAUGGGACACUAUGACAUCAAUGCUCACGCCUGCGUCACCGGGAAGCCCAUCAGUCAGGGAGGAAUCCAUGGUCGGAUCUCUGCCACUGGUCGAGGAGUUUUCCAUGGCAUUGAGAACUUCAUCAACGAGGCGGCCUACAUGAGCCAGCUGGGGAUGUGUCCCGGCUUUCAGGACAAAACCUUUGUCAUCCAGGGUUUUGGUAACGUGGGUCUCCACUCCAUGCGUUACCUCCAUCGUUUCGGAGCGAAGUGUGUCGGAGUCGGAGAAAUGGAUGGAAACAUCUGGAACCCCAACGGCAUCGACCCCAAAGAGCUGGAGGACUACAAACUGGCCAACGGGACCAUCGUGGGUUUCCCGAACUCAACACCGUACGAAGGAAACAUCCUGGAGGCCGACUGUGACAUCCUGAUCCCAGCUGCCAGCGAGAAACAGCUGACCAAGAGCAACGCACACAAGAUCAAAGCCAAGAUCAUUGCUGAGGGAGCCAAUGGUCCGACCACACCCGAGGCCGACCGCAUUUUCCUGGAGAGAAACAUCAUGGUGAUCCCGGACAUGUAUCUGAACGCCGGUGGUGUGACGGUUUCAUACUUUGAGUGGUUGAAGAAUCUGAACCACGUCAGUUACGGUCGACUCACCUUCAAAUAUGAGAGAGACUCCAACUACCACCUGCUCAUGUCGGUUCAGGAGAGUUUAGAGAGGAAGUUUGGGAAACACGGCGGCGCCAUUCCCGUCGUCCCCACCUCUGAGUUCCAGGCCAGGAUCUCUGGAGCAUCUGAGAAGGACAUUGUUCACUCAGGUCUGGCCUUCACCAUGGAGCGCUCUGCCAGGCAAAUCAUGCGGACAGCCAACAAGUACAACCUGGGUCUGGAUCUGCGGACGGCGGCGUACGUCAACGCCAUCGAGAAGGUCUUCAAGGUUUACAGCGAGGCCGGCCUCAUCUUCACAUAGAGUCACCUCCAUCCGCCUCCAUGUCUGUCUGUUACCUGUCCCGUCAACACCUCACUUUUUAAACAGAGUCCAGGGUUGACAGUUUUUGCGCAGCAGCAGUGUGCAGAAACUCUCCCUGUUUCAGUCCCUCUCUUCAACACACCUGUUUACAGUCUUUUUCUCUCCAUACAUUUGAAAUACACUUUAGAAACUUGGGGUUGACGGCUUUAAAACGGGCUGAAUCACAGCUCUGCUGCUUUCUGAUGAAUCCUACAGCUGCUUUAUGCACAUAUCAACCUAAAUAUAUAGAGAAAUUAUCUAAAAGCCUUAAGAGCACAGAGAAAACUGUCACCACUUGCCUGCAAUACACUGUGUGGUCAAAAGUAUAUGGACACCUGCACCCAUUAACUUCAGUGUAGUUGUGGCCUAGUUUUUGUUUGUUUGUUUGUUUUGUUGUUGAGAUUAAUGGAUGUUUUUCUCAACAUGAUGAGUCACUACAUUAUUACUUAUCGAGGACAAGAAAGAAAAACAUUUUAUACAAACAAAUGAUCUUUGUUCUUUUACUCGAUAAUUUUAGGUGUUUGAGGCCUUUCAGAAUUUAUUCAAGCAAAACAAGUGAAAUUAAUCUGUGGUCUGUUGUAGAAUUUGUCUCAAACAGUAGACACUUUGUUUUAAGGUGUGACCUGCCAAUUUUUGUAAUCAACUUGAAGCAAAUAUAGUCACUUCCAGCUCCUCACAUGUAAAUAUUUCCUGAUUUUCAUCAUCGUCUUUUAUCAUAGUAAACUGAAUAUCUUUGGGUUUUGGACUGUUAAUUGAACAAAUCAAGAUGAACUUUGAACUUGGAUUGGAAUUUUUCUCUAGAGCUGCAACUAAUGAUUCAUUUACCUGUCUUUAAUGAAUCAUUCGGUAAAUAGUAAAAGAUGUCCAUCCCUGUGUCCUUGUGCCCUAGAGUCCAAGAUGACCUCUUCAGAUGUCUUCUUUUGUCCUGCUGGCAGUCUGGAACCCAGAAAUAUUCAGUUUAAUAUCAUAGACAGCCAGAAAAUAUUCACAUCUGAGGAGCUGGAAUCAGAGAAUUUCUGCUUGAAAAACAACUGAAACAAGUAGCUAUGUAUCAAAACUGUUGAUUAACUUUGUGAUCUUUUUUUUUUUUGGCCUAAAGAAAAGCAGUGUCUGUCUAUGACCAGCACCUACUCAGUCACAGGUCACAGACACUCAGCUGCAAAGCAGAGGAGCUGGAGUUUUUUUUUUUUUACUUGAAAAAUGAUUCUGGUGGAAAGACUGAAACCAGACGAGCAUAGGCUGUUACAUGUUACCAGGCGUCCACAUACUUUUGGCCACAUAGUGCACACUGUAUCGAUAUGUUUGUGGCCAGCUGGAGAGCAUAGAUUUAUUUUCUUUUUAUAUAAUGCAGUCAGUGCACAUGUGCCUCAGGACUUUAGCUUUAAUAAUUACUGCUUCUAGAGUUACUUUAUUAAAGGACCAUUCCUAUGUUUUUUUGUGUGUUUUCAAGCCUGUUGACUACAAAUCCCGUUUACUCGUUAUUUUUCAAAUCAUCCAUCAGUUUUUCGAGAUAAUCCAUCACAGUCAGUGUUUAGUGAACUGGGACCACUUUGCUUUAACUCCCCCAGUUAAGCAUUAACGAGCAGUAUAGAAGCAUUUAGUAAAUACUGUAUAACAUAAUAUCAUGUAGUUGUAGGCAGCUAUAAGUACAUUUUAAAUGUUCAUUAACAGUUUACAGUUGAAAUGUCUUCAUAUAUAAAAUUUGAAGACAUAUUUUAUGUUAGGUCACAACUAUGUUUUCCUGUGUCGUCGUUCAUUAUCUGUUUAUACAGCAGCCUCUACAGGAGGAGCUGUUAACACAUACAUUAAUAAACACUUAGAUCUGAUUACAGCUGUUGGAAACCAGUUAUUACAUCUUCAUAUACUGUUAAUGAAUGGUAAACAGAGGGACUUAAAGUCAGAGGUUACAGCUCUCCACACAGAUUGUUGUUGUUGUUAUUCUCUUAUACCUUUUAUUACUCUAACACCAGGCAUAUACAGGCUUGCUCCAAACAAGAUCUCAUUGUACUUGUACAGUGUCUGUCUAUCUCCAUCCAUCCAUCCAACUACAUUUCUGUGCAGCAGUAGUUUAAAACAAAACAUUUCAAAAAAUCUGUUACACUUCAACAUCCUUUAAAACUACGUCAGUUGUAAAAUAAAAAGCACCUGGCAUGUUGCCUGAAACUUAAAAAACACCUGGAAUGAUCCUUUAACUGUUCGCUCCUUGUUUAGUUUGUCUGCAGUCAAACUCCCCCUGAGAGUUUGCUGUUUUUUUUUUUUUUUUCCUUUCAGGUUGUGAAACAGUUGCAGCUCACGGUCAAGCUAAUCUAUGCAGUUAAACUCAGCAAUACUGUGCUCUGUUACAGGACUGUAGGCUCCUCACACACCUGCCUCCCUAACCACUGAGCUCAGAAUCCUCAGAUGAUCAGUGUCUCAGAGUUUUGUUUCAGAAAAUCAAAAUGAAAUCAAACUUGCUGCUCGAUGGUGCGAGUUCUCACAGGAAUUGUUAGCUCUGCUAACAGACAAAAACCAAAGAUGUUGAGUUUACUGUCAUAGGAAAUUGGACAAUGAAUGAAGUGUUGCUGUUGUAAAUGCAGUGUACUAAUACUGAGAGUUCAGUCUCUCUAAGAAACUGUAUCUCAGUGUAAGACUUAUCUGACACUGAACUUUGUGAGACUUUUCAUCUUGACGGACACAAACUGACAGAGCUGUGGUGGAUGAAGCUCAGACACUUUCUUUAAUGAACUAUGCAAAGCACACUGCUAACUGUGUGUUAUGGUCCCUGUGGAGGACACACACCAGUCAACAGGCACAAAUUCAAGAAGAAAGCUUUGCCCCCGCCAACACCAACAUCACUGCAGCUCACAGUGAAGUCACACACACAACACAACCAACAGCAAAGAGUCUGAGCUGAACUAAACUGACAUGUGACCUUUGUUGCUGCCACAAGGCUUCACACCAUCACCUGAGAUUGUAGUUUAGGGAAAGAGGGCAUAGGGAGUCAGGGGAGUUUGAUGCUGUAUUGGGGGAAAAAAGGAUGAAACAAACGGUUUUCUGUCUCUCAGCCCUGAUUGAAACUGCUUUGGGAUUCUGUGUGUGGAAGUUUUUAUGCUGUUUUGUUAAAAUAAAAUAAAGUACAAAGAAGGUCAA